CUCCCAAAAAUCACGGGGAGUGAGUGUGACAGCGGAGAGGAAAGGGACACGCACAGACUGGAGGGAAAGACAGAGAAAGGAGGAGUGGAUAGAAGUGCAACGCUUUAGAGGAGUUUGACCACACUUUUCUUUGGGAACUGUUAAGGAUAAAACCGCACAUAAGAGGACAGGAGUGUUUUUAGUGGACCGAGAAAGUUGAAGACGUGGUUGACUUAUCGGAGCAUGCGGUUCGCUGUACUUUUCAGGCUCUAUGCGCUGUGGGGCUGUGUGGUGGCCGUGACCUCCGUGACCAAAGCUGCCAAGAGGAAGGUGGCCGCUCGGAGGUCCAGGCAGGUGUAUGAGGCGGAGACAGCGGAGGGCGUGUGGUCUUUUUGGGGGGAGUGGUCUCAAUGCUCGCAGACCUGUGGAGUGGGCGUAUCCCAGAGGACCAGGAAGUGUUUGGCCCCUCCCCCUCCACAACGCUCGCCCCUCUCCCACUCUCCACCAAACUGGGCAGGAUAUGUACCUGGAGGCGUCAGGACUCCUGUCAGCUCACCUCUGCGCCCUUUUUACUCUCCCCAUCACCCCGGGCAACACGUGCCCUAUCACGCCUCUCCCUACCCCAACAAUCACAACCAGGGACUUCCUCUUUACAGGAACACUCCGGCGAGUGGGGGAGGAGCAGCCGUCCCAGUGCAGCCCAAUCCCAAUCCAAAUCCAUCCGCCUCUCUUUAUCAACCAGAUUUCUCACCCACAAAUCAGGAUCGUAUUCCAGCUUAUCAAUCACCUUAUCAAUCUGCUUCACAAAAUUAUAACAACCAGCCCCCACGGGUUAUGAGGAGGCCCAACAAUCCUUCGGCCGCAAGGUCAGGAGGAGGCGGGAACAGGCGCUCUGUUUCCACCAAUCGAGAAGCUGGAGCUGCUGCGGCUGCGAGAAGGUCUUCGCCAAUCCGCCCGGGUCAGUUCGGAUAUGGCAGAGUCCCCUUCUCUUUGCCGCUUCAUCGCCAAAACAGACAAGCCAGACAUACUGCUAACGGUACUGAUAUCGCGCCUUCCUUAACGCCCGAUCUGGAUGUCAACAAAAACAACGAGCAAGAAGAGGCGCUUUUUGGAGAUGAUGAAGAUAACACAGUGGCACCUUCCACAGAGGAGAUGACCACUACAACCACUACAACCCGAAAACCGUCCCGCCACGUUGUCCGACAGGCGUAUUCCAACACAAGAGCACGUGAAAGAGUACCUCCUUAUCAAGUUACUCGUAGGCAAUUUGACUGGAAUAGCGUAACGGCUCCUCCCCCGCCUGUACCUCCACAGUCGCACCCAGACUCACCUGGGUCGCCCUACGCCCCGCCCCUUCAUCGUCCAAAUCAUGUCAACUGGGAGAGGGAGCACCAACUGCCCACUGGGAAUGUUUAUCCGCUGCAGAAUCCAAGCGUUCCGUACGGAGGAGCAGAGGCGGGGCAAGACAGAGGCAGAGUCGUCUACAGGUGCUCCGGGUCCGAGAAGGAAUACAGGAGAUGCUUUUCACAGGUGUGUGCUGCGACGGGAGGGGGAGGAGCACGUGACUCGAGAGCGGAGCAGUGUGCGGCCUUCAACGAUCAGGAAUUCAUGGGUCGGCUCUACAACUGGGAGCCGUUCACCGAGGUUGGUCGGGAUAAGCAGUGUGAGCUGACCUGCAGACCGUCCGGGUACCGCUUCUACGUGCGACAGGCCGAGAGAGUCCGGGAUGGCACGUCCUGCUUCAACUCCAGUGCCAACGACGUGUGCGUGGAGGGCCAGUGUUUGUCGGAGGGGUGCGACGGAAUCCUGGGCUCCGGAUCUGUGAUUGACAAGUGCGGUGUUUGCGGCGGGCGGGAUUUGUCUUGUCGGAAAGUGACCGGCAGCUUCCAUAACGCCACCGUUCCUCUCGGAUACCACAAAAUCCUGGACAUUCCAUCUGGGGCCACUUUUAUCAACAUCACAGAGAGGCGCGCAAGUCCCAACUACCUGGCCAUGCGGAGUGGUACAGGUGCGUCGGUUGUGAAUGGGCGGUGGGCUGUGGACCCUCCAGGAGAGUACAAAGCAGGGGGGACCACCUUCACCUACACCCGACCCAAAGCUCACGCUGAGGGGGAAGAAGAGCGAGGAGAGACCCUGACAGCGCCUGGACCCACCACCACUCAACUGCAACUCUAUAUCAUUUUCCACCAGAAGAACCCGGGCAUAGACUAUGAGUUUUACAUCCCUGUGGAGAAGAAGGAGGGAGAGCGCAUGGUGGAGAGAACGAGAGAGCCGCCCAGAGAGAGGCCGAGGGAGCAGGAGCCGGCAGCACGGGCCCCACUGAGAGGUCCUCUCACUGUGUCAGUCGAGGACCCGGCGCCCGCAGCUCCCCCCGUCUCCACCCCUUUGCACACGGCCCCGUCCUCAGACAGAUGGACCCCCGAGAGGUCCCUCCCGACCCGAGGAUCUGCCCCCAACCGCAACGUGCGCAUCCCCCCUCGCACCGACCUGCCCCUGGACACGCAGUCGCCGUUUGUGUGGAGGAGAGGAGCGCUCACCGAGUGCACCGCUUCCUGUGGCAAAGGUACUCAAUACAGAGAGAUCCUUUGCAUAAACCGUCACACGGACCAGGAAGUGCCCGACAGGAAGUGCGACUCGGCGACCAAACCUUCACCAGAGGAGGAGCCGUGCAACACACACCCAUGCCCGCCAUUCUGGGAGACUAGUUCCUGGUCUGAGUGCAGCGUCUCGUGUGGUCCCGGGCUGCAGCAGAGACAGCUCCAGUGCAGGCAGAGCUUUGGGGACCGUCACACGAUGGUCCACCCCCAGCGCUGUGCCGGCCUCACCCCCCCAGAGUCCACCCAGCCCUGCCAGCUCCACAUGUGCUCACACUGGGAGGUCAGCUCGGACUGGAGCUCGUGCUCAGUGGACUGCGGCGUGGGGAAGAGGACGAGGAGCGUGCGAUGCGUCAGCGAGGAGGGGGGCGUGGUCAAUGAUAAAGAAUGUAACUCCAGACACAAGCCUCAGGGGAGCGAGGAGUGCAACAUGGGGCCCUGCGUCACCAACUGGUACUUCAGCAACUGGUCCCAAAGCUGUUCAGCUCAGUGUGGCCCCGGGGUGCAGAGGAGGGAGGUGGUGUGUCUGACUCACGGUGACGUCAAAGAAGGAGGAGGAGAAGAAAACUGCGUGGCCGAGAAACCAGCCGAAAUGAAGGCCUGUAACGGAGGGCCCUGUGCUGCUGUGACUGUGUGGUACACCAGCCCGUGGACCCCGUGUAAUGUGAGAUGCGGGAGCGGCACACAGCGGCGGGACAUCAUCUGUGUGCAGAAAACAGGAGCAGACUUCAGCGUCGUCCAGGCGGCUGAGUGUUCUCACCUGGAGAAGCCGGCGCCGGUGCAAGAGUGCGACAUGGGGGAGUGUCUGCCGCAGUGGUUCACGACAGAGUGGAGCGCGUGCUCUCGCUCGUGCGGUAAAGGCGUUCAGAUGAGAGAAGUGCGAUGUCUCACAGCCGAUAAACAGCACAGCCUGGAGUGUGACCCCGCCUCUAAACCAGAACAAGAGCAGUUCUGUAACACCAUCCCCUGCAGCCCACAGGUCGCAGAUGAGAACUGUAAGGACAGACGUCAUAACUGCGUGAUGGUGGUGCAGGCCAGACUGUGCGUGUACUCGUACUACAAAACGGCCUGCUGCGCCUCCUGUACCCAGAGUGCUCAGCGUGCGAAGAGACACUGACCGACCAAUCGCAGACGGCCCCGGAGCGCAGCAAGUGAAGGACCUGGAUGCACAUAUAUAAAGUUUGUAGAGACAAUAACACACCGUAGGGAUGAAACACUGGGUUUGGCUUUAAGAUAUUAGCAUUAGCUUUAGCGUUAUCUAAAGUGUUGAUACCAGAUACCAAAACGAGUAUCGAGACUGAUUUGAACAAAUAUCGAUACUGAGAUAAACAACAUAAAUAUUGUAGCGUUCUGGUGUAAGAAAACACGCCAAAUUUCUACUUUUCAGACCAGUAUCGAUGAAUAAAAUCUUCACAUCAACUUGUCGGCAAAGCAACCAUAAAGUCACAUAAAAACGCAUUUAACAACAACACAUGAACAGUCAAAAGAACAACAAAAUGUGUCAACUCUGGACACACAGUAUCAGAUCAUUAAAAUAUCAAAUUUGACGAGACCACAUGGGAAUAUUAAAGACGCUACUGUUAUUUUGUGUUUGAAAAUGAUAUUUUACAUCGAGUUUAGUGAAGUGAAUUUUCUUUAUAAAGCGAAAACCACAAGCCAUGAAACAUAAUUUAUAGCGCGCAAAAAAAGGUAUAUUAAGGAUGACCCCCCCCCCCCCGUACAUAAUACACGCCGUAAAAAUGUAUGAUGUCACCUGAAACCCAGCAAAAGCAAUGAGAUAACAAGAUUUAUACAUAUAUAGUCCGUUAAAGUGUCUCAAAUCACCAUCUCCAGCGCGUUUCUAUUUUACAAUUAACCUCAUGUCCGUACAGUAAAUAUUAUGACCUUGUUACCAUGGCGAUAUUGCAUUUCAUCCCCGUUCGUUAUCGCGAUCCAGUCCUACACUUUAUACAUUCGCGUUUCGGUUUAGUUUUGCCAAAUCCAAGUCCUUCACUUUUUUUGUUCAGUUUAAUUUGCAAGAAUAAAAGAACCAAAGGAGUCGAGACAUGACAGUGAGUGACCAAAUAUAAUGUGUAACCACGGCAACACAUGCAAAAGCACAGCGUAGGAGACCUUUGAAAGUUUUAAUGGGUUUUGAACGUUGCGAUUUUCUGCGAUCUGAUGAAAAUGAAUGUGUAUUUUUAGAUUUUACUUAUUUAAAAAGAACUGGCUACAGAUUUAUUUGCAAACCCAUCAAAUUUCAAGUGUAGCUGGAGUUGUUUUAGUUUAAUUUUGGCUUUUUUGACUGAACCAAGCCUAUUUUCUGAACCCUUCUGAACACUUGUUGUACUAUAUCUUAAUCUGGUGAUAUUUUUUUCUGUAAAAAGUUGUCAUUUUGGUCUUUUUUUUCUUUUUGUUUUGAUGUAAAAUGCUCACUCUCCAGAGUAGCUACUGGAGGGCGACGAGUCUGUAUAAAGUUGGAUAUGUUUUAAUGUCUAUAAUUUCUUGAACAUAGUUGGCGCUUAUAUCACUGUAAAAAUAUCUACAGGAGUUACGCAGCGUUUUGUUUGAAGUAUUUUGAACUCAUUUGCAUUUGGUCAUUUUGAUUUUUCGUAAUAUUUCAAGGAUAAAUUACAAAAUUAGGAAAAAAAACUGUACAUAAAGUGGGACUAAACACCUAAACUCCACUUAAACAUAUGAGAAACAGUGUGAUUGGUCUAUUUACACUUCAAACUCCACUUCUGCAGCCAGGUUUUUGUAAUCAGAAACACCUGGGUGUAAUCAGGGCAGUGCUGUGUCAUGUCACCAACUACGGGGAAUUGCCGAAACCAUGAAUGCUGCACACACUUACUAAACUGUACUAAAAUUGCCUAAAAAUGGUAGAUAAUGCUAUAAAAACAGCAUAUACACAAUUUAGCAGUGAAUUUAGUGUUUAUUUCCACUUUAAAUCUUCACUAAUCCUACUUUUUUGGCUUAUAAUUUAGCGUGAAACAUGAACAAAACGUAUUUAAUUCGUCAGAAAUACCUUGAAACUGCUAAAAUAAUCCUGCAAAUUUAAAUCUUAAGUAGUCAAAAUCAAGAUUAAUUAAGAUUGACCAUUUUAACUCUUGUAAAUAUUUGUUCUUUGCAGUGUAACAGAGUAGAGUUUCGAUAUGUGUCGUUAUAGACUGCAUUUAUUCACAUCUAACUCAUUAUUCUUCAUGUACGUAACAGCAGACGGAGCAGUGACUUCACGUGUUUGGAUGUGAGUCGUGUGUGCGAUUGUGCCGUGAACAGGGUGGACUUUGGGUCUGGGGCAACAAAAAUGGUUUUAACUGGCCACAAUUAUGACACACGUAAAGUUAUGGUGUAGUAAUUUGUAGUAAAAUUGCGUACUGUGUCACUUUUCUGAUGCUUGUCUCCAUGGAUUUGUCUAGACACAGUUUUAACUUUGGUGUUGCUGCUGGUCCUCAAUGGAUGAAGUAUUUUGUUACGUUACUUUACUGUUACUCAAGUAAAAGUAUCACAGGAAAAUAAUCUAUUUAAGUAAAAGUAAAAAAGUAAAAGUUUUUCAAGUGUUAAUUUGUUUUAAAUGUAGAUACGAUAUAUUGAUUUAAAAAUGAUGAAUAUUUUGAUCAACCGUGGCAAUAUGAGUCAAUUUAUUCAUGUCUCUUAUGAAUUUUGUGUGUUUACUUUUGUUUUUCUCAAAGUCGAAGCUUAAACUCGUAAACUUUAUUCAGGAUAUUUCCACGAACAUAAUAAAUAACGCCUCAGAUCAUAUGAAAAGUACUUUUUACUUUUCAGUCCUCUUCAAAAACGUAGUGCAGUAGAAAGUACAGAUACUGGUCUCAAAUGUAGUUAAGUAAAAGUAAAAAGUAUCCACUGUAAAAUAUACUUAAGUAAAGCACAGAUACAUAAAAAUUCUACCUAAGUACAGUACUUUACUACUUGUACUUCGUUACCUUCCACCACUGCCAUUCCCUCUCACAAAAUAGAUCAGUUUAAUGUCAUAUUGUGGGACAUUCCUGGCAAAGUUACAGCAUCACCGUGGAGACAAGAUGGAAAAAUACAUAGUACUUAUUAAAUCUUAAAUUUAAAUGUAUUCAGUGUCUUGACAACGAUCAAAUUAACAGAAAAAAAAAUGUCUAAGAGCUGAAAUUAAACACUUUUAGCUCUUUUUGCUAAUGUCACACCCUGUAAUAUGUGUGUGUUUGUGUGUGCGUGUGUCUAAAACUGUAAAUAUCUCUUUGAAUGUACGUCACUGCCUUUAAUCCCAUGUAGAGAAAUACAUUUUAUAUAAAACCUAAUAGUAAUUUAUCUAAAAAUGUAAUUUAUUGUUUGUUGUAAAAUGCUGUAGUGAAAUAUGGUUGUGUUCACCGGAUUAUAUGACAUUGUUCUUAUUGAUACACUUCUGUGACAGUAAACGUGUGGAAAGAUUACUGUAAAAAGCUGCAUUUUAUUUUCAUUAAAAAUUAAACAAGA